GUGUGGCCCUCGCCCCCGUUUCCUUCUUCGGCCUUCCGCCCUUCCCUCUCCCUUCAUCAACUUUUUGCUCCUCUUGACCACACUUCAACUCCAAAGAGAGUGUCUGGCUGUUGACCAUCUCACUGCAAACAACAACAACCAACAACCAACAACCAACCUCACCACUCAAAAACAACAACACCCUUUCAUCUACCCAAACCAUAGCUAUUCAGCAACAGGGCCAUGGAGACCUUAAAACGAAUGAAUAAUAAUCAUAAGUCUAGUCUUGGCGCCAGUAUCGGAUCUGCUUUCAGCGGAGCAGCCGGUACCGAUGGCGCACACUUCAUCUCCCCCUCCUCCGUGGACUCUGCUGAUCUCAACCAACACCCUACCCCAAUCAACGAAAAGACUGAGUCGUCUACUACGUUGGACAGGAAAUUAGGAUGGUGGCCCUGACGUUGGUAUGGAAGAAAUGCCUCCCGAUGAUUACUCUGAGGGAGGUCGCGACCGACAUGUGAGAGAUGUCACCGCGCCCAACUUUCCUAAUCCUUCUUCCGGUCCCGUUUUUGUCAAGUUUCCAAGUUCAACUACCGUUUCGCCCAUCACCCCCUCCUCUAGUCCGACUGGUAUCGAUUGUCACUCGCUUGCUCCUACUCCCCCCUCCACCCAAAAUAGGUUAAACAACAACAAUAAUAACAACAACAACAAGAUGAUGAUGGCCAGCUUAGAUUUCAAGACUCGUCGUCCUUCGGUCCACAACGCUCGUCCCAAUCCGACCCCCUUAUUGACCCCUUGUUCGAGCUCCGAUAGUCUUUCUCUUUCCUCCAAUGGCUUCAACAACACCCGUCACAGUACCCCUGCUAUCCUGACCAAGAUCUUCCCUAAUGGGAUCCCAGAUGUCGAAGCCGUUCACGACAUCUCCACCCAACUCCCUAAUGCGCUCAAGGGGGCCAUCGUCGACCGAGACUCGGGGAUCCGCUCGCUCUAUAUCCUCGGACUCACCUCCUCUGUUACUAUCGACCGUCAGGUUCGGGAUAUCGUCGUCCGUGUCUUGGAUCUCGCCGACGAGGAAAUCGAGGCCGACCAGGUCUUCUUCGCCCUCGAGAAAGAUCACCCCAUGUUUAGAGAACUCUUGCAAGGUCUCCUCUAUGUCGGUGGCAAUGUCGUCAAGAACGCUCAACAUCAGCCUGUUAAUAAGCACUUGGUCUUGGUCGGAAUCGAGAUCUAAUCCAGUCAUCAGUCCGAGGAUUUUGUUUUUCUCGGGCCUGUUGGCUUCCACUAGAUCUCUCCCUGCGAUUCCUUUUGUCCUUCCCAAGCAUCUGUCACUGUCCUCUAGGCUUUGGUUGACUCAUUCUUUGUCCCCUCUUCAUUGCCAGGCCCUCCCCCCCCACUUGUUACCUUGUUUUUUUUUUGUUGGUUUGUUUGUUACUCUUGGUGUUGUGUAUGUAGCUCCUCAUAA